AUGGGAGAAGAUGGUACAAUGAAGUGUCCUUGUAAACGUUGUAGGAAUUUGAAUUGGUUAAGUAUCGAUGAUGUUAGAUUCCAUUUACUUGCUAAGGGGAUGCUUGAGGGUUAUACCGUUUGGACAUCACAUGGUGAAGAAAGAGGAAGAAAACGUAGUCGAACAUCGCAUAAUCGUUAUUGUGUUCGGGAACCUACGAGGGUAGAACAACCGGUAGAUUUGAAUGCGAUGCUACAUGAUUUUGCCGGUGAAAAUUCCGAAUUUUAUAACAACGUGGAUACGGGAACUAGGAAUGUAGAAGAAGUUCCAAAUGAUAGUGCAAGAAAAUUGUAUGAGGUGAUUGUUGAAAAUGGAGCACCUAUUUAUCCCGGUAAUACGAAGUAUACAAGAUUAAGCUUUACCACAAAAUUGUUAGAAUUCAAGAAUAUCUCACAUUGUAGUAAUAAGGCUUUUGAUAGUUUGCUUACACUUUUUGCGGAUGUAUUACCAAAAAAACACACGUUGCCCCAAACUUAUUAUGAAAUGAAGAAGAUAAUGAAGGGUUUGAGGGUUGAAUAUCAAAAGAUUGAUUUAUGUGAGAAUGAUUGUAUGUUAUUUUAUGGAGAUGACAAGGAUAAAGUUGUGUGUGAUAUAUGUGGUCAAGAUCGUUAUCGGGAUGUUUUGAGGAAAGAUGGUAAAAAAAUACCAAAAAAAAUAUUGAGACAUUUUCCUUUGAUUCCUCGACUACAACGCUUGUAUAUGUCAAAACAUACAUCCGACCAUAUGAGAUGGUACAAGAAUCGAGAUGUCAAAGAUGGAGAAAUUAGUCAUCCCGCGGACGGAGAAGAGUGGAAAAAUUUUGAUCGUCGAUAUCCAUCAUUUGCUCAAGAAAUUCGUAAUAUAAGGCUUGGCCUUGCAACCGACGGUUUCAACCCAUUUGGCCCUACCGGGAAAAAAACAUAUAGUGUGUGGCCCAUAGUAGUAGUUGUCUACAAUCUUCCGCCAUCAAUGUGUAUGAAAAAACCCUAUAUGUUUAUGACCGAUAUAGUGCCGGGUCCGAAUAGCAUUGGCAAAGAUAUUAACGUUUGUCUAAGGCCUCUCAUUGAUGAAUUGAAGAUAUUGUGGAAUACAGGAAUUGAAACAUAUGAUCAAUCUUUGAAACAAAAUUUUACAAUGAGAGCGGCUCUUAUGUGGACAAUUAGUGAUUAUCCCGCUAUGAGUAUGAUAAGUGGAUGGUCGGGUAAAGGAAAAUUAGGAUGUCAAGUGUGUCUUGGAAGUGUGCAAGGGUUUCAAUUAAAACAUUGUGGUAAAUGUAGUUUCUAUGGCACGAACCGAAUAUUCCUUGAACCGAAUGAUCCACUACGUCGGAAAAGUAAUUUGUUUGAUAAUGCGGAAAGAAGAGUGUUUCGUGGUCGUUUGUCCGGGGAGGGUGUAAAGGAGUUGCUUGACGGUUUAGUUUUUCCACCACCCGGAAAGACUAAUACAAAGGCGAGGAGUAUUGGAUAUGGGGAAGAGCAUCAUUGGACUCAUGUUCCAAUUUUUUAUGAACUCCCUUAUUGGUCUUCACAUAGUUUACGAUAUUCAAUUGAUAUCAUGCAUACGGAAAAAAAUGUUUUUGAGAACCUAUUUUUUACUAUUGUGAAUGCGAAGAAGUCAAAGGAUCACAAAAAAGCAAGAGCGGAUUGCAAGCACUUUGGUGUGUUACCUCAUUUGUGGAUCGAUGAAAAUGGCAAACGUUAUUCCUCAAAUAUAUCUCGUUGUUGUAAUGUUGAGGAGUGUACAUUUUAUGGAUUCAAAUCGCAUGAUUGUCAUAUAUUUCUUCAAAAAUUAUUGCCUCUUGCAAUUCGUGAGCUUUUACCGGCGCCUAUUGCGGAUGCCAUCACGGCAAUUGCAAAUUUUUUUCAAGAUUUGUGCUCAUCCACGGUUACAAAAACCGAUUUGGAAAUAAUGGAAAAAUCAGUUGUGAAAGCAUUGUGUUUGUUAGAAACAAUUUUUCCUCAAAGUUGGUUUGAUUCGAUGGAACACUUGGUUGUGCAUUUGGCGGAAGAAAUUAGACUUGCUGGACCUGCUUACUGGCAUUGGAUGUAUCCAAUUGAGCGUUUAUUGGGGAAACUAAAACAAAAGGUCGGCAAUAAAGCAAGAGUUGAGGGUUCCAUUGCCGAACGAUAUAUGGAGGAGGAGAUUGUCAAUAUUUGUGCGUUUUACUUUGCAUCCGACUCGAUUCACAAUAAAUUAAGUCGUAAUGAAGUUUUGUUUGAUGUACAAAAGACCGACAAAUUAGAAGUUUUUAAAUAUCCAUGUGAUUCUCUUGGAAAAGAACGAAGUCGAUAUUUGAAUGAUGAUGAGCAAUUAUUAGCUGAUGAAUAUGUUCUUCUAAACUCUCCUGAAGUUCAACCUUAUCUAAGGAGGUACCAAGAUCGAGUUAUGAGACAACGUCCUGAGACAACGCCACAACAAUUAGAUCAUAUUGUGAAAACUCGAUUCAAAGCUUGGUUUAAGAAAAAGGUUGAGAAAGACGAGAUAGACGGACCUCGUUUCAUGGACUUACUAGAAGGACCGGCAUUAAAGGUCAUGACUUUUGAAACUUGUCAAGUUAAUGGAUAUAAAUUUUCAACAUCAUCCGCAUCCGGUUCCGGUGUUGUUGUUAAGGGAACUUUGCACGAAAAUAAUCUUGAUUAUUAUGAAGAGGAAGAUGAUAAUAAUGAAGAAGAGGAAGAUGAUGAUGAUGAAGAUGAUGACGGUUUUGAUGACUUUCAAUGA